AUGACGUUUACUACGUACGGCGGGCUCGCCGUCCUCUUCGUCGCUCUUUUCUUCUGGCGGAGGUCAAAGACGGCUGGAUCGUCCCUGCCGCUCCCUCCUGGACCCAAGCCGUGGCCGCUCUUGGGAAACAUCACUGAUCUGAAGGCAAAGGAGUUCUGGCUGACCGCUGCGGAGUGGGCGAAGGUGUUCGGCGACGUCGUGUACUUGCAUAUAUUCGGACAGGGCAUCGUUUUCCUCAACUCACCGGAGGCAGUCGCCGAGUUAAUGGAACGUCGAGGCGCAAUCUACUCGGACAAGCCUGCGCUCGUUAUGGUUAGCGAGCUAUGCGGUGCAGAGCACAUGGUUGCAUUCACUCGCUACGGCGACGAGGCACGCCGACAGCGACGUCUGAUGUCCCGUGCUCUAGGCGUCAAUAACAUCAAGCAAUACCACCCCCUCAUCCAGACCGAGACUCUCCAAUUCCUCCGCCGGACCCUCGCAGACCCAGACUACGUCAGCAACGUCAAGAGAUACGCGGGCGGCAUGACGCUGCUCGUGGUCUACGGACUCGAGGUGCGCUCCAACAAUGACAAGUACCUCGUCAAGUCCGAGUACGCCACCGACUUGCUGGCGAAUGAGAUCUGCUCCGGGGGAGGCUUGUGGCCGGUAGACAUCGUUCCGGCUCUGAAGCAUCUGCCGGAUUGGUUCCCUGGCGCAGGCUUCAAGCGCAAGGCGGCGAUGUGGAAGCGGGUCAUCGAAGAGUCUGUGGAUAUGCCCUACAAUGCAUUGAAGGACAAUAUCAGAGCCGGCACAGCGGUCCCUUCGUUUUGUUCGACGCUCCUUGAAGAAGACGGUAAACUCGCCACCGAACUUGAGGAAUUCGAUAUCAAGUGGACGGCCAACUCGAUGUAUGCUUCUAGCAUUGACACUACACUGACCGUCGUCACUCACUUCUUACUGGCAAUGAUACAGAACCCGGAAUCCAUGCGCAAGGCUCAGAAGGAGCUGGACAGCGUUGUUGGAACCUCUCGCUUGCCUACAUUUGAGGAUCGCCCAAAUUUGCCCUUCAUCGAAGCCAUCUGGGCAGAAUGCUUGCGGUGGGGCUGCCCCGUGCCAUUGGGCCUCCCCCAUCGAUUGAUGGAGGAUGAUGUAUUUGAUGGCAUGUUCAUUCCUAAGGGCACUCUUGUAUUUGGGAACGUCUGGAAAAUGCUGCGGGAUCCCAAACUGUACCCUGAUCCUGAGAAGUUUUACCCUGAGCGUUUCCUCGAGAAGGUCGAUGAUGUCACGGCGCGCAGACGGGACCCUAGGAACUAUGCAUUCGGAUUUGGACGGAGGCGAUGCCCUGGCGUACACCUGAUCGAGUCCUCAGUGUGGCUGCUGCUCGCGACGAUGCUUUCUACCCUUGAUAUCUCAAAGGCCGUUGAUGAGCGCGGACAGACAAUUGAGCCAGAGGUCGUAUUUGAUAACUCGGUGUUCAGGAUUCCAAAUACGCUGAAGCUGAGUAUCACGCCCCGCUCGGAGCAGGCGAGGAUCCUUGUCCUCCAUGAAGCAUAAGUCGAAUAAUCUGUAAGCUACCUUGCGAUGUGUACACUAAAUGGAGGUGGUGGUGGUGGUGGCGUCGGCGGUGGCAUCAUGGUAUUGCUUUCGCUCUCGGUUUUUUGCCUUAGGGCUGUACUUUAUGUUCACUUUGUAGUUCGUCCAUGUUCGCUUUCUGUAGAUUAUCUUUGUCUAAUAUUUAUAUGCAUCGGCGUCACCUUCGUUUAUCUG